UUAAUAACCAGUCGCACAGAGACUUUCACUCAUCAGGCUCCACAGUUGCUGUGAUUUUGACUUCCUGUCACUGCAGCUACAGCACAUUCAGGCAUCCAUGUGACUGAGAUCAGCCAUGGAGGAACCGCGCCAAAUCGAUCUGACCUACAUCACUGAGCGCAUCAUCACCUUAUUCUGCCCCCGUGAAUGUCCAGAGGAGACGUACAGACCAAACCUGCAGGACAUUAUUCACAUGCUGCAGUCAAAGCAUGGACACAACUACAUGCUCAUUAAUCUCUCACAGAGGAAUGAGAUUCUCACACACAUGAACCACAAGGUUUUGGACACAGGUUGGAUGGACGUCUUGUCUCCCAGCUUGGAUCAGAUCUUCAGUGUGUGCACGACGAUGGAGAACUGGCUCCAGACAAACCUGAAGCACGUCCUGGUGCUUCACUGCAGGGGAGGAAAAGGACGACUUGGAGUCCUGGUGGCCGCAUACAUCCACUACAGCAACAUGUCAGCCAGUGCAGACCUUUCACUCGACCACUUCGCCAUGAGAAGGUUCUACAACGACAAACUCUCCGCUCUGAUGACGCCCUCACAGAAACGGUAUGUGUGGAUGGUGGGCAGCAUGUUGAAAGGAGGACUGAGGAUGAGUCCGUCUCCCACUUUCCUCCUCUGUGUGGUGCUUCACGGAAUUCCCAAAAUAAAACCAGAUGGAGGAUGUUGCCUCUUUCUGAGAGUUUAUCAGAGUCUACAGGCUGUGUGCACGUCUGCAGUUUACCAUGUUGCAUCAGGACAGACGGACAGACUCUACUUUGUGCUUCAGCCGGCUCAGCUGCUCAAAGGCGACAUCAUGGUGGUUUGUUAUGAUAAAAACAUCCGCUCGUCCUGUCGUCACAUCGUCUUCCGUCUCCAGUUUCACACGGGCCUCGUGCACGGACACUGUCUCACGUUCUUUAAGUCUGACCUGGACUGUGCCACUGAAGAUCCUCGGUUCCCAGAAGAUGGAAAAGUGGAGCUGCUGUUUUCAGAAAGUCCUGAAAAGAUUACAGGCAGAGAGCUGUGGCACAACAGCACCUCUGUGACGCUGGACUACGACACUCUGGACCCUGUGGUCAGACGAGACUCCUUUGAUCAGACGUCUCCUGGACACAAAGCUCCGCCUCACGUCCUGGACCCUGGAAAUGGCCAAGUGAGGAAGAAGAGCCGCGAGGAAGGGCUUUCCUUCCCCCUGACCACCAGCAGCCCCAGCUGGAGUGACCGAGCUCUGUCUGCCAGCAGUGAUUCGGGCCUGUCUGUGGCCUCGCAGGGGAGAACUGAAGCCUGGCAGAGGAGAGGGGCCCCACAGGACAAACGUGCCCAGGCAGGGAAGCCCCUCCCUGGGGUGGACUUUGAGAUUGUUCAGCCUCUUCUGGAGGUCAUGGCUGAGCUCGCCGCCUGCAGUGGAGGGCACGUGGAGGUGGCAGGAGAUGAGUCAGGAUUGGGACACACUAUCAACGGAGAGGCUUCAUCCAGUGAGAGGGAGACUGAUAUACUGGAUGAUGAGGAUGUAGCAGACGGCGUGCCGAGCUCAAGGAGUAUCUGCUCGCUGUCCUCGGAGACGUCCUCCACGCACUCCUGGGUUCGGCAGCAUCAUCAUCCGGUGGUGGUGGAGGACGUCAUCAGUGAUACUUACCUGAAGGUGGAUGCAGAGGGGAGGUCGAGCAGUGUGAGGAAAGAGAGGCCGCCACCUCUGGUAGCUCCUGACACACCACACCGAGGAGUCAGCAGCAGGGAAGCUGUGCAGCGAGGACAGAACACGGGCGACACGGGCGACAACGAAGACGAUCUCACGACUUUAACCACGGACUUCGACGAGUCCAUGGAGCAGCUCAACCAGCUGAUUCUAGACCUGGACCCGACCUUUGUCCCUGUUCCCACCCGAUGUGCCCCUCUGUCCCGCUCGGCCUCCCUCCACACCAACGGCCUCAGCCACAAGGGAAAUACACAUCAGUCAGGGUGGAAGCAGCACAAGCACAUCAGCGACGUGAGCGACUACGCUGGACCACACAGUCCGGGAUGGAGAGCAGGACGAGCUCAGACCUUCAGAGGUUCUCCGGCCUACAGUCCCGCUUUCUCUUUCUCACAGUCUCAGCAUGGACAUCUACACAAAACCUACAGCGUGGAUGACCGGGGACAAAUGGACGGUUCGGACAUGGUCGCACAAACUCCGGCCUUCCCGGUGUCUCCGCCCACGCCCUACACGAAACAUUUCUCUGAGUUUUCCCAGCUCAGGAGUGGAGAGCAGUGGGACCAACACAGCUGGACACAAGAUGCCCGUAAUUUCCUGGACAGCAUGAACCACAGCGGCGGCUCCACAGAGGGCGACCUGUUCAGCUCAGACGUGGCGGUCACUCCCGCUUCCUGUCAGAGGAUCUUUGGUUCCAUGUGCUCAGUGUCAUCAGGAAGUCCCCUCCCACACACCGACAGUGCCACGCCUCCUCCAGUAUGGCACAACCGCACUCCCAACUCCCUCAACUCUUCAUACCCCCCCCAGCCGUCACCCCCUCUCUCCAUAAGCACACCCAAUGCCCACAGUUCCCCCCGGGGGCCUCUGAAAAGCCUGGGUGGAGGCCUGGGCGUCCGCAGGGAGACGGACAGCACAGACUUGUCCUCGUUGUUGGGGAACGGCGGUCUGGACCACAGCCUGCUGGAGGCCAUGGAGGGACUCGGGAGUCUGAACCUCGUCGGGGACGGGGGCCUCGCUCCACUGCUGCCUGAGAAGAGGAGGGUAUGGGGCGAGGGGGGAGACCUCGGCUCCCGCUCCCCUUCUCUCAGUGGGUUUUCCAGCCCUCACAGUGGGAGCAACAUCAGCAUCCCUUUCUCAUCCUCCAUGACCCCUGACCCCCUGAGAGGACACAGUGGGGCGCCGUCACCAGGAGCAGACUCUGGGACGAAGCAGGACACUGUGAAGUUUGUUCAGGACACUUCAAAGUUCUGGUACAAGCCCAACAUUUCCAGAGACCAAGCCAUCGCAGUGCUCAAGGACACAGAGCCGGGAUCGUUCAUCGUCAGGGACAGUCACUCGUUUCGCGGGGCGUACGGGCUGGCGAUGAAGGUGGCCACGCCCCCUCCGUCUGUGAUACAGCAGAGUAAGAAAGCGGGAGACUUGUCCAACGAGCUGGUGAGACACUUCCUGAUCGAGUGCACACAGAAGGGAGUCCGUCUCAAAGGUUGUCCCAAUGAGCCCUAUUUUGGAAGUCUCACGGCUCUGGUUUGUCAACACUCCAUCACACCGCUGGCUCUGCCGUGUAAACUCAUCCUGCCUGAUAAAGACCCAGUGGAGGAGCUGAACAACUCACCUGCACAAACAGCAACAAACUCAGCAGCUGAACUCCUCAAACAAGGAGCAGCGUGUAACGUGUGGUACCUGGGCUCCGUGGAGCUGGAGUCGUUGACGGGACACCAGGCCGUGCAGAAGGCGACCACGGUGACGCUCUCCACGGACCCGCCGCCGGCCUCCACCGCCGUCCACUUCAAAGUGUCGGCGCAGGGCAUCACGCUCACCGACAACCAGAGGAAGUUGUUCUUCAGGAGACACUACGCUGUCAACACGGUCAUAUUCUGUUCUCUGGACCCACAGGGCAGGAAAUGGACGAGAGGCAGCGGAUCCACGGCAAAGAUCUUUGGAUUCGUGGCGAGGAAAUCUCAGAGCGAGACCGAAAACAUGUGCCACCUGUUUGCCGAGCACGACCCCGAGCAGCCGGCGAGCGCCAUCGUCAACUUUGUGUCAAAGGUCAUGAUCGGGUCGCAUAAAAAGUAACGAGAGAGAGAAAGAGACUCAAAAAGACAACAUGAAAUCCAGUCAUCUGUGGAGAAUGAACUGUGUCGCGCUGCCACUAGAGGGAGCCAAAACCGCCUUGUAUAAAGUUAGACUCCCCGUUUUUUCCAUAUCUCUAUAAACUCAGAUUGAUCUCGUCUGUAUGUUUUUCUUGUUUGCUCGUUGAUGGAAUUUGACUUCCGAUGAAACCUGAAGAAAAUCAGAAAACAGUACAAACUUAUAAUUAUUACGAUGAUUGUGAAAUCUCUCUUUUUUGCGAAACCACGGAUCCCGCUGUGUGUGUAUGUGUGUCACUACAUGUUUGUCACGUGACAAAGCCAAUGAUGUGGUCGUAUUGUGCAUCUUUAUCUGUAUAUUGCUCAAAGUAUUUAUGUGCUUUCACUAAUUAUGUACAUGAUGUCAUCUAUUUUUGUAUAUUAACACAUAACUGUACAUACGGAUUAAAGGCAGUGUACCAUUCA